UGGGAAGAAGCAGGGCCCCAGAAAUUUCUAGAACGGCUCCGGGAGCCGGCGUAAAGGCCGUACCGCCAACCGUCCCUGCGCACGCGCGGCGGAGAGCGUGCCGGCGUCGAGUGGGCGUGGCGCGGGGCGGUGCGUUCCUCCCUCCAGCUGCCACUCCGCCUCUGGCGUGUCUGUGGAGUCUCCAUGGCGACGGGACGCGGCCGGCUACUGCAACAGCACUGGCGCGGCCUCCAGGCGCUGCGUUUGCCGCCUGGCGGCGUCGGCGCGGCCCCCGGGCCCGCCGGGUUCAGCCUGCGGCAGUGCGCCGGGCGGGGAAGGCUCCGAGCCGAGGCCACGGCUGAGCGGUCUGUGUCCCUGGACAGCAUGCCUUCAGAAGUGUUGCUGAAGAUCUUUUCCAACUUGGAUGCUGUGACCCUGCUGUGUACGGGAUGUGUGAAUAGGCGCUUUUAUCAUCUGGCCAAUGACAAUUUUCUUUGGAUCAGGAUCUAUUCAGCGGCCUUUUCACCUAAAAGAUCUAAUUGGAAAGUUAAUUGGGUGGAGAAGACCGCUGGAUCUGUGAACGUGCUGUCGGUUAAGGAUAAAGAAGCUGGGUACUGGAAGAAAGAGUAUAUUGCAAAGCAGAGAGCACGUGUGAGAGCGGCGCUCGCCCAGGUGCUCAAGCCUGUGAACCCUUACACGGGCCUGCCGGUGAAGACCAAGGAGGCCGUCAGAAUAUCUGGUUUAGGUUGGGUAAUUAUAUUGAGAGAAAAAAAUGGAAAAGAAUACAUCAUGGAGCACAUUGACCUUUCCAUAAAUGACUCAUCAGUGACGAUUAUGUGGUAUGGCAAAACUUGGCCACGGCUGGCCACAUUGUCAACCCUAGAUUUGUGUGGUGUGACGCCAGUUUUUAUGGACCAGUCUAAAACCCCCUCCAAAAAUGGACCUCGGUGGCAUUCUUUAAUUGCAAAGUACAAUCUGAGUAACUUAACCGAAUCCACCAUGAUUGGCGGGGACAGACUCCUUCGGAUCUUCUGCCUGUGCCCAGGCCUGCUGGUGGGGCUGUGGAAGAGGGAGGAAGAACUGGCUUUUGUUAUGGCAAAUCUUCAUUUCCAUCAGCUUGUGGAGAAGAGCACGUUAGGCUCCGCCACCGUCCCCUACGAGCUACCUCCUCAUACCCCCCUUUUGGAUGACAACCCAGAGUAUGGACUGCAUGGCUACCAACUCCAUAUUGAUAUGCACAGCGGUGGGAUUUUCUACCUGUGUGGUACAUUUCGCAAUCUCUUUACCAAGAAAGGGUACAUUGAAGAUGGAUAUGUGAAGAUUGUUGUUAUAAGUUUUAAAAAUAACACAGAACACCUACCUCUUAUUGGAAAAGUUGGCCUCUCUUGGAGAACUGAUAUUUUUGAUGGCUGUAUAAAGAGUUGUUCUAUAAUGGACAUAACUCUUUUGGAUGAAUAUGGGAAACCGUUUUGGUGUUUCAGUUCUCCGGUUUGCAUGAGGGCUUUGGGGCCCUCUGACGGUCCCAGCUUCUUGGGACAGACUUCCUGUGUUGACUAUGUGGACUCGGAAGGAAAAGUGCACGUGGAGCUGGUGUGGAUCAAAGAGACAGAAGAGUACUUCAUCGUCAGCCUGGUCCUGUACCUGAGGGUAGCGAAAAUAAACCACUGGUUUGGGACGGCAUACUGAGUGCUGGCAGCGGUGGCGGACCAGUGUCGCUGUUCGUUUAUCUUGGACUAAUCGUUCUGUUCUUGGUGUUGGGAGUUAAAAUAAAGUAGUAGUCUGUUUGAUGCCUUUUUCUUUCA